GGUAUGGGAUAUCUCAGUCGAAAAUUUGGACUAGCAUCAGACAAUAUUCUUGAUGCACAAAUUGUUUUGGCAAAUGGGACAAUAGUUUACAAUGCUAAAAAUUAUCCAGAACUUCUCUGGGCUAUUCGAGGUGCAGGAAAUGCUGGAUUUGGUAUUGUUACAACUUUAACCCUCAGAAUAUAUCCUAUCCCGAAGAUCGUAACUAAUUUAAGAUAUGAAUAUGAUUUUGAUCAGACUCCUUUAGUAUUCUCAGUAAUUAAACAACUAGGCAAUAAUAUUCAUCAAAAUUUGACUCUCUACAUGAAUAUUCGCUCUGUUCCCUCAACAUCUAUAUCUGGGAUUUAUUUAGGAUCUGCAAGUGAAUUGCGACUCCAUAUGCAAGAAUUUGUUAAAUUAAGUAAACCUAAAAGUGUAACAUAUGGAGAAAACGAUUUAUAUAGUAUACUUGUAGGAGGAGGUGAUACACCUCCUCCUGGUUUUAUGAAAGCAAAAACUUUUUUCUUUGAUUCGAGAGGGUUAUCUUAUGAAGGAAUUAAGUAUCUUAUGAGAUUUGUUAAAAAAAUUUCAAAAUGUAAACUACAAUCUGAGACAUUGCUAAUUAGUGGUGGAAGAGUUAAUGAAAUUAGACGAAAUGAUACCGCAUAUGUUCACAGAGGUUUUUUGUACCAUACAGGCAUGUUUUUGCAUGAUUACGAAUAUAAAAAUUUUGAUAUGUGUUAUCAAGAGAUGGAAAAAUUUUCUCAAUAUUUUCAACCACAUUAUGCUAAUUAUGAAAAUUAUCAAAACUUAAUUGACAGACAAUUAAAUAAUUGGCAAUGCAGAUAUUAUGGAGAAAAUUUUGAAAGAUUAGUGGAAAUUAAACGGAAAUAUGAUCCUUAUAAUAUAUAG